UUUUUGAAACACUAAACCGACUGAACCUGCCCCACGCCCGCCUCGCUUCCUCUCAUCGCAUGAGUUGACAUGGAUAGAAAAGAGCAGAAGCUUUGAACUAUCCCAACAGACUCCAGUCCUACCGAACCGAGACAAAGUGGAUAACCCAGUCAGACGAGAUCGCUAAUUAGACUGCACACAGGCUUGAAUAAUAUACAUAGCUACAGUCAGUCCUCUCAUGCACCGUCCCGUUUCAUCUGUCGCCUCUGUCGUUAUUAUAUGAUUAUUAUUGCGGCCGCUCGCACCUUGUUAUUCCGGUGGGGAGUAAAUCUAUAUGGCCGCGACGCUGAUCACGAUGAGCGCUGGGACCGGGACCGGGCAGGACGAGAUGUUCUACACCCUGCUCAAGCCCAUGCUUUCGGAAGGCUUCCCGGCCGAGGAGUCGGCUCUGUUCGGUUUCGAUACCAAGAACCUACUGACGGAAAGGAGUGGACAGAGUGAAUACGCGCACCAGACAGGGAAGAGUGAGCUGGAUAAGUACCUCUCCCCCCAGACGCCGCUCCUGAUGCCCCAUCCUGACCCUCCAGAGCAGAACAAGUCUCGGCGGGACAGUGCCUCUGUGAUGGAUCACUUCUUUGGCGACGACCAGGGUGGAUCUCCUUACAGCAUCAACAUGAACGUCUUCCUGCCCGACCUGGCCUACCUGAGGAUGGGCUUGUGUCGGCCGGCACGCCCAGGGCCUGGGGGUAACGGUGGAGGCAUGGGCCAGCAGGUCAAAACAGAACCCCCUUCCUCCUCUCCCUUCGCCCAUCCUCACCCUCACUGCCCCAGCAGUAGCGUCCACAGUAACAGCAUCAGCCUUUCCACGGUAACGUCGGUGUCUUCCUCUUCUUCGUUACCAGAGUUCACUAGCGUGUUCAGCCCGUCGGGUGGUGGUGACCCGACCUCUGACGCCGUGGCAACGGGCGGUUCUGUUUACGUGAAGGAGGAGCUGGGGUCGUUCGAUCUGCCUCACGACGACUCUCUGUUCCAGCUGCUCUCUGCGGAGCUGGACUCUGCCCCUCUCGCGCCCAUGCAUCACCACGGCAACAGUGCUCAUCACCGGGCGGGGCAGCAUCACGGAGGUUCCGGUCCCUCGCCCAUCAUGCACACCUUCCACGACCUACACUUAGCCGCCCAGGCCCAGCAGCAACACCAACAACUACAGACUGCCAAGGCAAGCUACUGUGGUGGGCUGCACAGCGUGGGAGGGGCCUACCCUCACCCUCACUUCCUCCAGCAGCCCCAGCACCAUCAGGCCAAGGCCCCCUACCUGCCCCCCUCUCCUCCCAGCUCAGAGCCCAGCUCUCCAGAUCGUCAGAAGGACCUCCUUCAGAACCUCUCCCCUCCCCCUUCCUAUGCCGCCACUAUCGCCUCCAAGCUGGGAGUCAGCGUCUCCCCCAGUCUUUCCCCCACCGGUGUGGCUCGACCCCCAGCCUCAAGUCUAACUCCAGCCCCAGGCUCCGGCCCAGCUCCAAGCCUGAACCAGUCCAUGCAGGUCCGCUACAACCGCAGGACCAACCCAGACCUGGAGAAGAGGAGGAUACACCACUGUGACUUCCCAGGAUGUAAGAAAGUGUACACCAAGUCUUCCCAUCUGAAAGCCCACCUGAGGACCCACACUGGUGAGAAGCCGUACAGGUGUUCGUGGGAUGGAUGUGACUGGCGUUUCGCCCGUUCUGAUGAGUUGACUCGUCACUUCAGGAAACACACAGGGGCCAAACCGUUCCAAUGCUCUGUCUGCUCUCGCUCCUUCUCCCGAUCGGAUCACCUGGCCCUGCAUAUGAAGAGGCACCAGAACUAACACACACACACAAAACACUAGCUGGAAUCACAAGGACAUGCACUCAAAUCAGGAAACGUUCAACCUAAACUGUACAGUGGUACAAAACCACUUUCCUGGAAGAUACAUUAUAGUCUUUAUCUUGGCCAGGGUCGCAGUUGUAAAUGACAACUCAACUGGCCUACCUGGUUAAAUAAAGGUGAAAUUAAAUAAGUCUUAGACCAGUGGCUCCCAAACCACUUUUCCGGAGUAUACCUUGUAGUCUAGACCAGUGGCUCCCAAACUGUGGACAGGGAUCCACUUUUGGACAGACCGCCCCUCCCCACCCCACCUAAGCCCCAUUUUCACCCAGGAGAAACCCUGCAUUGUUACGAAUAAUUUCAGAAUUCUACAGUACAUUUCUUGACAUUGGUCACAAGUACAUUCAGUUAAGUGCGUUGAAGACGAGGGUGGUGUUAUUCAUCUCUAUUUUUAUAUUUAGUCUCAGUUGUUCUCCCACCGCUCAACCCUCAUAGUGGGUCGCGACUCAAGGGACUCCUCAAUUUAUUUGGGGGGGGGGGACUCUGGGUUAGACU